CAGAGACGAUCUCACCAUCGAUUUCAACAAUCGGAAGGGCGUGAUGCCUCAAACCGAGCAUCAGGAUGCCGCCGCCGUUCUCGAUGAAUGGGUGAAUCGCGUGGCAAACCUGCCGGCGGAGAUCACAUUCAUGCAGGAGGAGAUUGAGCAGAAGGACAGGCAGAUGCAGGAGUGUCUUACGAUCAUCACCAAGAACGAUAACGCCAUCCAGAAAUGGAUCCGCCUUAAUGGAAGCCACACUCCCAACCCUAAAGAAGAGGCCCACAGCAGAAUUAUACAAGAAAACUACGAUAAAGCCCAGAUCCUACAGGAAGAGAAGAUUGCCUUGGCUCAGAAGACACAGCAGGUCAUGGACAAGCAUACAAGAUGGAUAGAUAGCAAUAUCAAAGCUCUACAGGACAGAGGAGAGUUUCCAAAUGAUCCAGAGAUCCCCUCCCUCCUUCGACCUCAACCGGAGUUGGCCAGACCCCGCAUCGAUCAUGCCGCUGCAGCCAUGCCCCUUGGUGCUAUUGCUGCCAACAAUGCCUCCCUUGGAAAUCCUCGACAUCCUAACCAGCAUCCACCUCGAAUGAUACCAGCACAUGUUCAAGCUCACCAGAUGAGUGGCGUAUCAUCCUCCUCUGCCCCGGCUACACCUGCAGCAUCGAUGUUGAUGAGUCGACAAGCACGAGAAUCGUCACUAGGUGCAGCCAACAAACGACAAAGAUUGACUGGAGGACUGGGAGUUCUUCCGCCUAGUGGCCUCGCACGCCAAUCUUCUAUGACACCGAAUACUCCUAGAGCCGGUACACCAGGCAGUGCAGCCAGAGCCGGAAGCGCCGGCCCACGGUUAUCACAAAAGUCUGUGGUGAGCAAGAAAGUGGCACCUCAAGGAAGCAGACAAAGCGGCGCUCUACGCAAAACCAAGAAGUCAGGUCUCAACAAACUCAGAAAGCCUGGACAUAAGAAUUCUCCAGGAUCUACCAACGACAGCGAGCUUAGCGACGCCGAUUCAGGGUCUGCCGAAGAAGAUGACGAAGCAGUCACGCCGCCUGCAACGAAAGAUGGUGAUGGAGAUGAGGAAAUGGGUGAUGUCGAGGAUGAUGAGGGUGGAGAUGACAGGAAAUACUGCAUCUGCCAUAGCGUUAGUUACGGCGAUAUGGUUGCUUGUGAUAAUGAGAGCUGUAAGCUGGAGUGGUUUCAUUGGAGCUGCGUUGGUCUGAGAAGCGAGCCAGUUGGGACCUGGAUAUGUCCAGUCUGCACUAAGGAAGGAAUCAAACCGGGCGGUUGAUCUGAUAAAGGUCGAGAACACAAUGGCGUUUUAAGGGAAUGGCAGGCUGGGAGCUGGCGUUUGCCGGUAUGGCGUUACCAUCAUGCAUGGAAUAAGGUAUCAUAUGCAUACCUAGCUCUAACAGAUCAAUGAUCCAAUAUUCAGAGC